AUGCCGUACCCUUCGCCUCGUCGCUGUGCGCCGUCACCGCCGCCCGAGGACCUCGCCGAACCCUCCCCGUCGGACUGCCUCCCCUGCGUGCGUCGUCCCCGUCCCCCACCUCGAGCACCACUGCGUCGUGCCCUACGCCCCGCGGUGAGGCCCCGCCUCCCUCCGCUUCCCCCUGCUCACCGCGCACUUGCCCCGCUCGCGCCCGCGGUCACCGCAUCCGCGGUUGUGCUCCGCCCGGCGCCCGCUGCUGCGGCAUCGCUAGCUUGCACGCUCGCAGCCACCUUCACGCGCGCUCGCCUACCUCCGCACCUCCCUGCCCGCGGGCUGCGCCGCCGCCGCUCGGCUCUGGCCACUGUGUCGCGGCGCCGCUCGGAGGCCCCGCGCCCUUCGCCCUGCCCCUGCCUAGCUCACCGUGGCCAGCGGCCCAGCCGUCCCACUUCAGCCCUGACGCCCUCCCCUCCUUAUCCGGCGGCCGCACCGCUCCCCACUGCUCCUCACCUCGCUCCCCGCCUCCACUGCCGCUCUACUGCUCCGCUGUGCUGCCCGCUGCCGUCACCGCCGUCGCUCGCCCCUGCUCCGCUCCACCGCACCACCCGCAGCCCCCCGCGCCCGCGCGGCCCGCGCGCACACCGCCGCGCCUCCCUUCGCUCCGGCUGGCCUCGCCGCGCCGCCUCGCUCCGGCCACGGUCGCCGUCGCCGGGCCUCGCGCCGGCCCCAUUCACCGCUGGCCGCAGCGCCCUGUCGGGCGGGAUGGCGCCCACGCCCGCUAGCGACCAAACCCGCCAAGGCCCCUAG